UUCCACACUAAAAUUUGUUCAAAUUGAAUUUAAAAAGAUUUUUUUUGACAAAAGAUAAUGUUCCAAUAUAAUGAAAUUAAUGAUUUCUUCGAUAAAUGUCGGUGCUGUCUUAAAAAUAUUGAUCAGAACAAACAGAGUAUCAUAAUUACAAAUACAAUUCGCCAGCAGUUCUACGAUCUAACUCAAAUAUCGCUGGAUCUUUCAUCAGCUAAUUACUCGCAAAAUUUAUGUGAAGGAUGUAGCAACAAUCUUCAAAUCUUCACAAACUGGAGACAAGAGUUCAUUACAAACCAGAUAUUUCUAGAUGAUUUGCAGCAAAAGGCAAUAAAUGAAGAAAAUCAGAUUACUGACUUUACGCAAGAAAUUCAAGUCAAAGUAGAGCCACUGGAUGUGCUUCAUGAAAUUAAUGAAGAUGAUUUCGAUGACUUUUUUCAGGAACUGCCAAUCAAAAAUGAAAUUAUUAAACCAACUGAGAUUCAUUCCUGUAAAUAUUGCUCUUUAAAAUUCAGUGAUACUAAGCUUCUAGAAAAUCAUUGGGUCAACAAACAUAAGGCACAUCUUACAUCUAGUGAAGUAAGAGACAUCCGAAAGAGAAGAAUCGAUGAUAGAAAAUUAGUAUGUCCAGAAUGUGGCAUCAGAACUCAUUAUAUUAAAAAUCAUAUGGAAAGGAUGCACUUAAAAGUCAAAAGAUUCUUUUGUGAUCAUUGCGAUCAUUCAUCAUUCCAUAAAAGUGAACUUGAAUUCCACAUGAUGAAACAUAAAGAUCCAAUAUUUGUAUGUGACUAUUGUAGCCAUAAAUUUAGACGAAAGAUGGCUCUAAAGAUUCAUAUCAGAAGGAUACAUUUACGGAUUCGAGAUGAAAAGAAGUACAAUCGAAACUUGUUGCCAAAAUCUCAAAGAAAAGGCGUAGGUGAUGAAGAUACUGUCAGAAUUCAAUGCGAGCAUUGUGAUAAGGACUUUCUAAGAUCAUACAUUAAAUCACAUAUCGAGCAAGUACAUACAUUAAGUGCAACUGGAGAAAAAUGUACAGUAUGCAACAAAAUAUUUAAAAAUAAGCGAGCAUUACUGUAUCAUAAACGGAAUCAUAAGGAGAAAAUCUUUAAAUGUGACUAUCCUAAUUGUGACAAAGCAUAUUUUAUAGAAACGCGAUUAAAUUAUCAUCGAAGUGUCCAUAAAAAUAUUAGAGUCUUUAAAUGCUUUUAUGAGGGUUGCGAUAAAUCCUAUUUUAUAAAAAGAGUACUUAAUAUGCACAUUGCACUAUUUCAUGAGAAAUACACACUAAACUGUCCAGUUGAAUUGUGCAAAUUUUCUGUUGGUCGCAAAGACUAUAUGAGAAAUCAUAUGAAUAAGCAGCAUAAAGACUUACCUAGCGAUAUUUUGAGCUAUUAUUCCGAACAAGUCAAAGAAAUGCCGCUGUGGUAAAAUUUCAUGCUGAACUGUUUAAUUCAAAAUAAAAUUUUAAUAGUUUACAUUCUAUUUAUUGGUUAUUAGUGUCAACUGAUUGUUUUGUCAAAUGACAUCUCUUAACCGUUAAUUUUGGUAAACAUGU